UUAAUUACAAACCAACGUUCAAUGCACACGAUACACUCUACAAUAAUGUCAGACGCCAAUAUGCAACAAUCGGGCAUCACGUCAAGGUGAUAGCGUUGUGUAAAUAGCCGGGAUGAGUGUUUAGGAACGUUUUUGUGACAAGUCUCUUCAAUGGAGGGUUGAGGAAGCCCGUCUCACUACAGAAGAGGACGCUGUCGCCCCUGGAUAUGACCGGCAUACCUUGUCGUUUCGAGCAAUCGAUAAAAGAAGGAGACUUUCAAUGAGGAAGUUAAAGAAACGAGUUGGCCAAUCAAGGGCUGGAGGCUUUGGAAGAGGAAUAAUCCAAGCUAGGAGUAAGGACCAAGUUGGUCCAUCCAGCCAUGCCGAUACGGACGCUUUACUCUGUCCACCUUCUCCAUGCAGAUUAAACUUCUCUGCAACUAGAGACACACUUACAUAUGCACAGGCGCAGAAAAUGGUGGAGGUCGAGCUGGAAGGAAGACUCCACCGGAUUAACAUCUCCGACCAGCUCUCUGUCUUAACCGAGAAUGAGAUGUUGGCUCAGGAUCUGACUGAAUGCAACAGCAACAAAGAGAACAGCGAGCAGAUCCUGAGUCGAGCAAGGCAGGGAAACAAACAGACUACUUCUAAAAGCAAGAGAAAAGAUGUUAAACACGGUACUAAAAAUCAGAGGUCUGGUUCUCAGUGUAGCUCCCAGAGCCAGGUCUAUUCGACACACCACACCCAUGUACAAAGCCCUCUGCCUAAGCCUACGUUUCGCAAUGUGGAGACUUUCACAGCCUCAGAUGCACCUCCUCUUCCUGUGGCUUAUUACCGCUACAUAGAGAAAUCAAAUGAGGAGUUGGACAAUGAGGCUGAGUAUGACAUGGACGAGGAGGACAUGGCUUGGUUAGAGAUGGUCAAUCAGAAGCGUGUGUCUGAUGGCCAUGCCUCUGUCCCCCCUGACACAUUUGAGCUACUGAUUGACAGACUGGAGCGAGAGUCCAUUUUAGAGUCCCGCAGUCAGGCGCUGUCCCAGAGCACCAUUGACGAGGAUGCCUACUGUUGCGUUUGCCUUGACGAUGAGUGUCUCAACAGCAACGUCAUCCUAUUUUGCGACAUCUGCAACCUCGCUGUGCAUCAGGAAUGUUACGGGGUGCCCUACAUCCCGGAGGGCCAGUGGCUGUGCAGGCACUGCCUGCAGUCCCCAUCACGCCCUGUGGAUUGUGUCCUUUGCCCGAAUCGAGGAGGUGCGUUCAAACAAACCAGCGAUGGAAACUGGGCCCAUGUCAUCUGUGCCAUAUGGAUCCCUGAAGUGUGCUUCGCCAAUACUGUGUUCCUAGAACCUGUGGAGGGAGUGAAAAACAUUCCUCCUGCGAGAUGGAAACUUACCUGUUACCUGUGUAAGCAGAAAAGCAGGGGGGCGUCUAUUCAGUGCCAUAAAGCAAACUGCUACAGGGCGUUUCAUGUUACCUGCGCCCAGAGAGCAGGCCUCUAUAUGAAAAUCGACCCUGUGCGAGAGACUGGUACAAAUGGCACCACUUUUACCGUGAAGAAGACUGCUUUCUGCGAGAACCACUCUCCACCUGGCACAGGUACUGAGGGAGAUGAGGAUAAUGGGUUGGUUGGGGGCAGAGGUAACAGAGGUCAAAGGUCAUACACAUUAGGCCCUCCGCUGCAGCAGAACCAGCAUGGGCGGAAAAAAGGAUCAGCCACACAACAGAAGAAGAAUUCGGCAGGGACCUCACGGAAGACAGGAGUCCCCCUGCUUCUGGUGCCACAGAUACCGUCCUUUAGGCUCAACAAGAUUUGCACAGGGGUGUCUGUUGAGAGGAAGAAUCAAUUUAUGCAGAGGCUUCACAAUUACUGGCUGCUAAAACGUCACUCUCGAAACGGAGUGCCACUCAUCCGCCGGCUGCAUUCGCAUCUACAAGCUCAAAAGUCUGAGCAGAAAGAACCAGAUGCAAAGUUGCAAGCUGUCAGGGAAGAGCUGAAGUACUGGCAGAAGCUUCGUCAGGACCUGGAAAAAGCUCGACUUCUUAUCGAACUCAUACGAAAGAGGGAGAGACUUAAAAGAGAACAGAUGAAACUUCACCAGGCUGCGCUGGAGCUGCAGCUCACCCCUGCACUGAUGUUUCUGCGCUCCACUCUGGAACAGCUGCAGGAAAAAGACACUGAUCAUAUUUUCAACACACCCGUCAAUCUGAAGGAGGUUCCAGAUUAUCUGGAGUUUGUUUCUGAGCCGAUGGACUUCUCUACAAUGCAUAACAAGCUAGAGGCCCAUAAAUACUCCUCCGUGGCUGACCUUGAAUAUGAUUUCAACCUAAUGAUAUCCAACUGUCUGAGGUAUAACUCCAAUGACACCAUGUUCCACAAGGCUGCCAUGCAGCUGCAGGAGGUGGGAGGAGCUGUCCUGAGACACGCCCAGCAUCAGGCUCUCAGCUUAGGCCUUGAUCCCAGCACAGGCAUGCACCUACCAGACAAGCCUAGCGUACGCAAAUCCACAGUCUCUUGGUGGGAUGAAGUUGACUUGCUCUUGGACCCUGAAAAUCGUGUGCACAUGUCUCCAGAGGACCAGCUGAAAAUCUUGCUGGACAAACUUGAUCUGGUGGCGACCAUGCGAACCAGUGGAGGUCGCACAAAACGCAUGUGCCUGCUGCGCAGAGAAAUUAACAGUCUCCGUCACAAGAUCAGCCACCAGGGCCGCAGCUCACGACUGCUGAACAGAAAAAGUAAAAAGGACAAGAGUAAGGAGGAGAAAAGUGAGGACAAGAUGGAUUACAUAACCUCCAAUCCAGACACUAAGAAAUCAACAUCACAAAAAACUCAAGAACCCACUUGUCCAGCCUCUUCACCUUUACCUGGAGAUGCUCCAACAAAAGCGCCCAUGUUCUGCCUUGAGACGGGAUGGACCACCACACCAGGGCAGGCGAAUAAACCUGGCAGCAGCAAACAAAGAGGAAAAGGAAAACAGAGGGUCCUAAAUGAAGAACGAAACCAGAUUUUAGAAGAAGAGGACUUCCACACUAAGGAUGAUGACACAGUGUCCCCCAGCCUUUCGGAGAAGGAUGUGAACACAGUUUCCUCCACAGAGAGCCCCUCUGAUUCUCCCAAAAUGGGCGUGGGUCGUCGGACAUCUGUUCUCUUCAAGAAAGCUAAAAACGGAGCCAGACUGACAAAGGAAAAGCCAGUCUUAUUGCAGAAUGGCGUCAGCACAGCCAAAAAUUAUCCAACCCCACCAGCGAAAUUUCUGUCAGCACCUCCUGCCCCAAAGUUAUCGUCUACGUCCCCCCACCAGCUGAGAUCCAGAGGACCGAGUGUGUGCUCGGACAGCGAAGGCGAAAAGUCACACGCACCACCUGAAGAGAAUGGCUUAACAAAUGGACUCAAGAGGCACAGCGGCAACUCAUCAGACACAGAAAGCUGCACUCCCUCCUUCCCUACUCAGAGUUCCUCACCUCCAAAACGCAGUCGUGGUAAGCCAGCGCUCAGCAAGGUUCCUGUUCCUGAGGAGGCAAACAGAGUUACUAAUACAAGCAGACACACUUCUCAAAAUGAUGAAGAGAUGGAGCCUCUUACCUUGGUUUGGGCAAAAUGUCGUGGCUAUCCCUCAUACCCUGCAAUGAUUGUCAAUCCCAAAAUGCCCCGGGAAGGAAUUCUUCACAAUGGCAUUCCCAUCCCAGUACCUCCUAAAGAAGUUUUGAAAUUGGGCAGACACAGACAGGAGGAGACCAAGGAGAAGCUCUUUCUUGUGCUGUUUUUCGAUACAAAGAGAACCUGGCAGUGGCUGCCAAUGGACAAGCUCCAUCACAUGGGCAUUGACGACACAGUUGAUCGACUUCGUCUAAUGGAGGGCAAGAAACCGAAUGUGCGAAAGUCAGUGCACAUGGCAUAUGACCGAGCAAUGACGCACCUGAGCCACGUACAGGAAAACUCAACCUUUAACCCCUCAAAUUUUAUAUAAAGCACUUGGAUGGCAAAUAGAUGUCUAAAACUGACUGUAGGAGAUCAAUGAAGGUACAACAUUCAAUUUAAUUUGUCUCUUCUGUCCUGUAUCCUUCCCCUCCUCUAAGCACAAAGAGGCAUAUAAAAUCCUUCAGGAUUGUCAUAUUUAAAUCAUAGCCUUUUUUAUUAAAGGGUUAGUUCAACCAUAUUUUUUACAUACACUGAAAAUGAAUAGUGACCAAUGUUGUGUGUAAUCUGAAAAAUGUGUAUUACGUUGUCAAAAAAGGUAUUAUAAUGCAUUACCAUUUAAAUUAUUGUAAUCAGAUUACAGUUACUUACUUUCAAUUAAGUUAAUAACAUUUCAGUACAUUACGUAGGUUACACAUUUCUAAAAUAAUAUUAUUUAUGUAGUAUACAUUUAAAACAUGAAUUAUGUUCAUUUGUACUUAUGUUCAUGUGUCUGUGGGAGCUGAAGGGACAAUGAAAAUGAAAUAUAGACAUCAUUUUGAAUUUGAGCGGAAAAACUAAAACUUCUGUGAAAAUUGUUUUAGAAAGUAACUUAAAGUUAGGGAUGCACUGAUAUGAAAGUUUUUGUAUGAUACCAAAUUUAACAAAAAAACCAUAGGCCAAUACCGAUAUUUUGCCAAUUACUUUGGAAUUCUGCAUUAAAAAUGUACAAAGAGGUACAAAAGCUUUUUCACUGUUCUAACAAUAAAUAAUUUCCAUUGAAAAAAACUUUUAAGAGAGUCACUGAAAGAUAAAUAGAAGAUAUAAAAAAUAACUACAUUUGAUAACAUGAUGAUUGAUAUGAAAAAAGGUUAUUUUGUACUUCUAAAACAUUUUUGCACUUCUGUUUUUGCAGUUUAAAACAACAGAACUCACAUUUGACAUGUAUGGACUGAAUAUGAUAGCACAUAAAACAUUUGUACUAUGCAUAUGUUGGGUAAUUCCACGGAAAUGUCAACCACAUCAUGGAAAAAUAAAGUUUAAACCAAAGGAAGUGUUAUAGGAGGUGUAGUAUAAUGGAUAAUGGAUUAUGUUAUCUAGACCGCUAGAGGGUGCCGCUUGCUCACACAGUGCUGACUGAAGCGCUGAAUGCAGAAUGCAGUCUUUUAAGGUUUAGUAAUCGCUCAAGGACAUAUUGGGAUUUCAGUCUUAAUUUAAUCAAUCAUGCAGCAUUAAUGGAAAUCAUUCCAAUGUCACGGAAAUCAGAGUUUGCUGGUUUCAAACCAUUUUGAAUGGUUUCCCUCAUCAUGUAGUCUAUAGGUUAAGUGCCGUUUUCACAACUGUCACGUACGUUUAUGACGUUUUUUUCAGCAUUAACGCGAGACCGAGACAGAAUAAUAAUUAAAUAUGACCUGUUUUUAGGAGUGCCAACCCUUCUUUAUAUUGUAGCUAUUCUUAUUUUUAGAUUGUGCAUUUGAAUUAACAGUUUUACAAAGUAUGUUACUAAUCAAUUAUAAAUAAACCAUCUUUUUUCAUAUUGCCGUUUUUAACUGAUAUGCCAAUGGUUUAAAUCUUGUCAGUAAUUGUCCGAUAAAUAUCAGCAGCCACAUUGGUGCAUCCCUACUUUUAGUAAUUAGUAAUGUGAUAACUUUUCCGAUCGGUAUAUCGAUCUGAUUACAAUUUUAGAGAAGUAAUUUGCAUUGGAUUACAAUUUUUUGAGUACCAAAAACACUUAUAAUGACAGAUUCCAAACAGGUUUGGAAGAAUAUGAGGAUGAGUAAAUGACAAAAUUGUAGUUUUUGUGGUGAACUAUCCCUUUAAAUGUUAUGAUUCAAAUUUAUCCCGUUUAUCUAAGAAUGUUUUAAAUUCAGUUCUUACAUUUGCACUUAUUUCUCUAUGUUUGAAAACAUAGUUCCACUUGUAACAAUUGAAUAUUUCAUAAAAGAUUUGUAUUGAAUGUGAGGUUACAGUUGCCAAUGCAGCAGGGCUUUCGGCAGUACAGCUCAGGUAUGUGUUGCUAGAAUGCAUUUCGUAACUGUUUACUUAAUGGAUCAAUUUCUGGGCUGAGGAUUUUGGUUUGUGAAAUGCAUGUGUGCAAGUACCUGCAGUUCUAUUGCCCUUAGUUCUGGUGGUUAAUAAUUCAAACGUGACCAUGUGUGCUUUUCGUCUUUAUCAGGUUCAACCUCAUGUUGUAAGCCUCUGAUGUUGACUCUUUCCAUAGUUGUUUUACUUACUAUGAGAUGCCAUUUAAUGUAAUUAAUUUCAUUGGCACUACUUAAAAUUAACGUGUCCAAGUUUAUUUUAAUGAAAGGAUUUCUUAGAGUUUGUGUCAAUGCGCUUGUAAUUGUGGGUGGAAAAUACAGUGUACAUACAGUAUAAAUGCAUGUAUGUAGAAAAUAUGCACAGAUGUGUUUUAAAAUCUGAAAUGUAAAUGAAGUGAUGACAAACUUUGUACAUGUCAUUUUAAUUUAUUAUGAGUGGUUAUGGAAAAGUUAUUUAAUAGUAAUUGAGAAGGUUUAAAUGAACAGCUCUGUUAUACUGUUCAAAAAGCAUUACUGCUUUAAUGCAGUUGUUCCUUAGUGGUCUACAGUGAGAGAACAUUAUAGAAUAAAACAUUAAGUAGUCUCUUUGAAAAUGUAUGCACAGUAAAAGAGAAUUGUGUUUUUAAAGCCUGUGGAAAAAGCUAAUAGAACCAAACAAAAAUGUCUGAAACAGUAUUUUCUCAAAUGGGAAAUAAACACACUGUUGGUCUGACGUG